CUUAUCCAUUUUUCGCCAGGGAGGCGAAACGAGGCAGCGCGAGAGUGGUUUCCCAAUGACGACAUCGGACAUGUGCACGAGUGAGCGUGCCGGUUGUAGUGAGCGUGUGCAUGGAGCCAAAGUGCCGGCAGCUGAACCAGUCAGUGUGGAUGGAGUCGCACAGCAGCCAUGGACAUCUCUGCUCUGCCCAACAAUAACCACCCGGAGAAGUUCCUCCAGCUGGACGUGGGGAUGCUGCCGGUCACCCACGGGAUGUUCCAGGUCGGAGCUGUCAUGUCCAGUCACAAACACUGGCACAACAGGGUCUACUUCCAGAGGGAACAGAGGAUCAGAGCUGACACCAGGUCACCUCCGUCUCCAGAGGGUUCUCCUGUGGUGUUCGUGGACAGAUAUCUGGAGAAGCACAUCACUCCUGUCACUUUUAAGUCCAACAUUAAGACCAACCCUCUGUACAUGGACAUUAGAGCGAUGGACGCCGUGGACAACGAGAUUCAACCAUCGUGGACUGUACAGGAGUACGACACGCAAACCAUCCACGGGAACCUCGCUGACUAUUUAAAGGAGGGGGAGAAGACUCCAAAAGACUUGGACUUCUGGCUGGAGGACCUCUACACACCUGGAUUUGACUCUUUACUGAGGAAGAAAGAAGCAGAAGAGAGAAGGAAAAGACUUUGUAAAAUAUUCUCUUUGGCUGUUUUGUCCAUUUGUGUAAUACUUAUUGUGAUCAUAGUGCCAGUUGUGGUUCUAAAAAAGAAAAACUGACAUUGAAAAUUAGCACAUAGUGAAGCAGUGGUUAUAUACAUAUAAUUCUGUUCUUAUUUACAAUGACAGAGAAAUGGAGGUAGAACUAACUGUCAUAUUGCACUUUAGAUUCUGUUAGUUGUUCACGUGUUUGUGGUGGAACAGGUCAGUGUCCUGUCUGUGGUUAAACAGGUCAUGGUGAGUCCUCUGUUAGGAUGACUCAGCCUUUGGAGCAUGAAAUACUGCACAGACAGUUGAACCGAUGCACAACGCAUGACUUUAAUCCUCUCCUCUUGCACAGGAUGAAGAAAAUCAGGUAGUUGAGGACAAUUUAGAUCUUAAAGGACUUCAGAUUUCAGUCCCAGUGAUAUUUGGACUGAAUAAAACAUGGACAUGGCAUCUAGGAGGUCAUAAGGAGAUUUCAGAGGGAUGCUUUAAACCCAUGGUUCUCAACGUGAGGUCUGCUGGCCCCUCAAGGGCCACGCCACAGAGCCCACUGGCCGGGCUCUGUACUGGUUCUGGUUCCUGAACCGGCCACCGCAUUCCACUGAUAAAAAAAAAG